CGACCCGAACACUCCGACAUUGCUCGAUCAAAAAAACCCUAAUUUUGCGUCUCCUCCGCCGCGCCCUGCCGCGCUAAUCCUCCCCAUCUCCACCUUCUCCCCGCGGAUUUAUCGGGCGAGCGGCGGCGCCUGCGCCGGCGAGCAUCGGGCAGCGGUGCUCGCCGGCGAUCGUUACCCUCCUUGCGCCCGCGCGCUCGCGAGGAGCGGAGAGCGACGACGCGGGUAUAAUUGGAUUCUUUUAGUAUCAGAAGAUUGAAAAUCAAAAGAUCUGAAGGAUGGGUGAUUGGGAGGAAGAUGAUUUUGAGCCAGCCCCACCUAGUCUUAAAAUUGAACCACCAAAAAGUAAGUGGGCAGAUGAAGAUGCAGAGGAUGAAGAUGUUAAAGAGUCAUGGGAAGAUGAAGAAGAACCUGUGAAGGCACCCAAAGAAGAGCCUGCUGUGGAAAAGACUGUUUCGAAGGCGGGUGCUAAAGCUGCAGCUAAGAAAGGAAAACAGCCUGAAACAAAGGUAACCGAGGUGGCAAUUGAAGAAGCAGUAGAUCCUGUUGCAGAGAAACUUCGCCAGCAAAGGCUCGUGGAAGAAGCUGAUUACAAGUCAACUACUGAAUUAUUUGCCCGGAAAGGCGAUGAAAAAUCUCUAGAUAAUUUUAUCCCAAAAUCAGAGAGUGAUUUUCUGGAGUAUGCGGAACUUCUUUCCCACAAGAUUCGCUCAUAUGAGAAAAGCUUCCAUUACAUGGGCCUUCUCAAAGCUGUUAUAAGGCUUUCAAUGACCUCAUUGAAAGCAGCAGAUGCUAAGGAAGUCGCUUCCUCAGUCACGGCUAUUGCAAAUGAGAAGCUCAAGGCAGAGAAGGAAGCGAAUGCAGGAAAGAAGAAACAAGGGUCAAAGAAAAAGCAGCUUCACGUUGAUAAGGCAGACGACGACUUGGUCACGGGAACUUAUGAUGAUAUGGAUGAUUAUGACUUCAUGUAAGUGGUUUAUUUUCUUCUGGUAUAUCCCUGCAACCUGAGACUAUGCUCAAGGAAAUUUGAGUGAUUAUUGCUGUUCUUGAGAUGUCAUUUGAUUCAACUUAUAAAGAAUAAGACAAAGCAAGCAUAUUCCAUUGCGGCCGCUUAAGGCUUUUCCUUCUUUCCUUCGUUUUGGUCCUUUUCCUAGUUUAUGUUAAGUUAGAUGUUUUUUUAGUUUUGCUGAGCAUACUGAAUUAUAUCUGUAACAUUAUUGUUAUGCAAUUGAAUGCAUCAUUGUUACAUUUUCUCGUGCAA